CGGAAGCGGCUCUGGGACGGAACUGGCUUGCAGGCGCAGCUAUGGCUGCUGGCGUUCCCUGUGCGCUUGUCACCAGCUGUUCCUCCACCUUCUCCGGAGACCGGCUGGUCCAGCAUAUCCUUGGAACGGAAGAUCUUAUUGUGGAAGUGACUGCCGAUGAUGCCGUGAGGUUUUAUCCUUGGACCAUUGAUAAUAAAUACUAUUCAGCAGAUAUCAAUCUGUGUGUGGUGCCAAACAAAUUUCUCAUCACUGCAGAAAUCGCGGAGUCUGUCCAAGCAUUUGUGGUUUACUUCGACAGCACACAAAAAUCUGGUCUUGAUGGUGUUUCCUCAUGGCUUCCACUGGCAGAAGCAUGGUUACCUGAGGUCAUGAUCCUGGUCUGUGACAGAGUGUGUGAAAAUGGUGUAAACCGACAAAAAGCUCAAGAAUGGUGCAUCAAACAUGGUUUUGAAUUGGUAGAACUUAGUCCGGAAGAGUUGCCUGAGGAGGAUGAUGAUUUCCCAGAAUCUACAGGAGUAAAGCGAAUCAUUCAAGCCUUGAAUGCAAAUGUAUGGUCCAAUGUAGUGAUGAAGAAUGAUAGGAACCAAGGCUUUAGCCUUCUUAGCUCAUUGGCUGGAGCAAACCAUAGCAUUGGGUCAGCAGAGACGUGUCCAUCAGAGCGGCCCCGUUUGCCAGCAGCAGCUAGGACUGAAGCUCUCUUGGACCAUCGGGGUGGUGCAUCUAACACAACAGAUGCUCAGGCUGAUAGCAUUGUGGAUCCCAUGUUAGAUCUGGAUAUUCAAGAAUUGGCCAGUCUUACUACUGGCGGAGGAGAUUUGGAGAAUUUUGAAAGACUGUUUUCAAAGUUAAAGGAAAUGAAAGACAAGGCUGCGACGCUUCCUCACGAGCAAAGAAAGUUGCAUGCGGAAAAGGUGGCCAAAGCCUUCUGGAUGGCAAUUGGGGGAGACAGAGAUGAAAUCGAAGGCCUUUCAUCUGAUGAAGAACACUAAAUGAUUCGCGCUAGGGUUUGACUGCCUCAGACACUUCCCUGCUUCACCGUGUUCUGUUUGGCUGAACUUCCCAUCAUCCCGUUGGCCACCUGACUUAGUUCUAGGGCCGCCUUACUUUGAGUUUCUCGUGGCGGAUGGUAGGGCUUUUCUCCCUCAGUAUAGCGUAAGUGAGCGAGGAGGAGGACGACGACAAGGAGUGAGAGCUUUUCAAGUACACUUUCUUUAGGGACGGGAGCGAAACAAGGCUCAGAGGCCUGUGUGACCCGCCCCAGUUGCAGAAGGACCACGCCAUUCCCAGCCCACCUUUUCCAGAGUGUCCUCUGCAGUCACAGCCGAUUACUGCAGAUCAGGAGCUGGUGCCACCUUUCCUCGGGCUUCUGGAUUUUCCGCUUUCAGGGAGCUUGGCACCCUGAGCUUUGGUGCUUUUGAUGGUAGGAAAGGAAGCUGCUGCAAAUUUAAUUUGUGCCACCGGGUAGCUGGGGCCAGAGUCAGUGGCCCUCGGCUUAGUCUCGCGCUAAAAACGCC